AUGACUACUUCGUUACGAGCGCUCCUCGUGGCGCUGGUUGGAAUUCUGAUCUUACUUCAAGUCUCAGGUGGAUUCACUGUGACUGCUGCGAAACAGCUCCCUAUGCGGCCAAAAUCCCCCCUUCGAGGCCAGCCUCGACGAGAAAGCCCGCCGCCGGCGGGGCCAAGUGGCCCAAUUGGAGCAGCUGCGAAUGCCAAGUCAGCGCGCGUGGUUGUGGGAAUCGAGGGCAUGACGUGUUCGGCGUGUUCUACCGCCGUGGAAACCGCUCUCUCGAGAUUGCCGGGAGUCACGGCAGCGGCCGUCGCGCUGCUGCAGAACCAAGCUCAGAUCACGUUCGAACCCGCUGUAGUCAACGAGAACGAGAUAGUCACCGCCGUGGAAGACGCCGGGUUUGACGCGAAAAUAAUUUCCCUGUCACGACCGUCCGCCCGUGCGAUUUCCGCUGCAGCUGGCGUUACCUCUGCUUCGUUGGUUGACCGCGUGGCAGAGUCUGCAGCAGCGGCGCCGGCGGCUGCGGCGGCAUCUGCGGCGACAGCAUCUGCGUCUUCCACGUCAGCAGCUUCCGUUCCUGCCACGUCAGCGCGCGUGGUAGUGGGAAUCGAUGGCAUGACGUGUUCGGCGUGUUCGACCGCUGUGGAAACCGCUCUCUCGAGAUUGCCGGGAGUGACUUCCGCCGCAGUCGCUUUGCUCCAAAACCAAGCGCAAAUCACGUUCGACCCCGCUAUAGUCAACGAGAACGAGAUAGUCACCGCCGUCGAAGACGCCGGAUUCGACGCUAGAAUCAUCUCCCUUUCGCGACCCUCACAAACUUCGCGGCCCCAGCUAACGGCAGAAAUCGGCCUUUUUUCGUCUAACGCUCAUGCUGAUCCGAUUCUGCUUCCGGGGAAUGCGGUCUCGAAUCUGGUCUCGAGUGCGGUCACCCCUUCUGUUGCGAAUCCUCUACUCGCGUCGUCGCAACCCUUCGAUAUGCCAUCUCAGCCGUCGCAAUCCGGACAGCCGUUAUCGGCAGCAGCAGCAGCAGCAGCAGCACCGGCAGCAGCAACAAGCUCGUCGCAAGAUGUAGCGUUAUCCGGCCCGCAUUCGCCGGGUGUUGUGACAGUGCGAGUGCGCAUAACCGGCAUGACCUGCGCCGCGUGUGUUACCGCGGUUACCACCGCCGUCCAAUCUGCGAAAGGCGUGCGACGCGUCUCCGUCGCGCUCGCCACCGAAACCGCGGAGAUCGCGUUCGACUCCGCGAUUCUCGGCGUGAGAGACGCGCUGCGAUUGGUCGAGGACGCCGGAUUCGACGCCGCGAUUCUCGGCACGGACAGCGGGAGCGACAGGCUGAGCGUGACUGUAACGGGGAUGGGCGGCAGAGAUGACGUGGCAGCUGCUGUGGAAGUAGCGGUGUUAUCGGUGGCGGGAGUUAGGGAGGUAAGCGUAGAUUCUAGGAGCGGAUGGGUGGAGAUAGAGUACGACCCGGAAAUCACGGGGAUUAGAGACGUGGUAGGAGCUAUAGAGGCGAUUAGUCUGGUAGGGUUAGGGUUGGGUGGGGAGGAGGAAGGGGAGGAAGAUGAUGAUUGGUUGGGGGAGGAAGGUAGUGAGGAGAGGCAAGGGAAAGGGAGAGAGGGAGAUGAAGAGGGAGGGGCGGAGGAGGGAGCGAAGGAGGAGAGUGGGGAAGAGGACGAGGAGAGGGAGAACAUGCUCGGCUCCUACCGCUCCGACCGCUCGUCCGAACUCCACUCCCUCACGCGCCAGUUGUCCCUCUCGCUCCUCUUCGCCGUCCCCCUCUUCCUCCUCAACGUCGCCUCCCACUCCCGCCUCCUCUCCCCGCUCCUCUCCCUCCCCUUCCUCCACGUCACGCUCAUCCAAUGGCUCAAGCUGCUCCUCGCCACGCCCGUGCAGUUCCAUCUGGGCCGUCGAUUCUACAUCGCAGGGCUGAGAUCGCUCCGCCACGGCAGCGCGAAUAUGGACGUGCUGGUCGCCCUCGGGACCUCCGCGGCCUAUGGCUACUCCCUGCUCACGCUCGCGGUGCAGAUCGGUUCUGGGCGGUACCUGGGCCACGAUUUCUUUGAAACGUCUGUGAUGCUGAUCGUGUUUAUUCUGGGGGGAAAGUAUCUAGAAGCGGUGGCGAAGGGGAAAACGUCCGAGGCGAUUCAGAAGCUGCUGCAGCUGGCGCCCGCGACGGCCGUGCUGGUGGACGUGAAUGCAGACGGCAAGGUUGUGGCGGAGAGAGACGUUGACUCACGGCUGCUGCAGAGAGGAGACGUGCUGCGAGUGCUGCCCGGGGCGAGAGUGCCAACAGACGGUGUGAUUGUAACGGGCACCACCCAUGUGAACGAGGCCAUGCUCACAGGCGAGUCAGCACCAGUGGCCAAGGGACCGGGGUCGCGCCUUCUGGGCGGCACUGUCAACCUCUCGGCUGGCGUGCUGCUGCGAGCGACUCAGGUGGGCAGCGAGACGGCUCUGGCGCAGAUAGUGGCGCUUGUUGAGUCGGCACAACUGAGCAAGGCGCCCAUUCAGAAGUUUGCUGACCGAGUGGCAGCGGUGUUUGUGCCCGUGGUGGUGGUGCUGUCUGCGUGCACGUGGUUUUGCUGGUUCAUGGCAGGGAGCAUGGGGUGCAUUUCAUCCGCCAUGCUUCCCCCGGGUGUAGACUCGCAGUUCACCCUCCCGCUCCUCUUCGCUAUAGCCGUACUCGUUAUAGCGUGCCCCUGCGCCCUCGGAUUAGCCACCCCCACUGCAGUCAUGGUCGCAACAGGCGUGGGGGCGGCACAGGGCGUGCUUAUAAAGGGGGGAGAGGCGCUAGAAGCAGCGCAUAAAGUCACGUGCGUUGCUUUUGAUAAGACGGGGACGCUGACGAUGGGGAAACCGAGGGUGGUGGCAGUGGUGCCUUAUGUUGGUGAUAAUACCGGGAGUGCUGGUAAUGAGGAGCUUUGUGAUACUAACGAGGGGUGUGACAAUGAGACCAUAUCUCAAGCCGAACUGCUCUCCCUAGCAGCGGCAGCAGAGGCAAACUCCGAGCACCCGCUCGGGCGGGCGAUUUUGGAUUAUGCGCAGCACUAUUUCGUCUUUUCUGGAAAAGGUUUCACCGGGGACGAAACAACCUCUCCGUUCUCCUCCUCCCCUUCCUCCACCUGCUCCUCUCUCUCCCCCUCUGCUGCCUCGUCUCUCAAACCCUCCAAGGAUAUGAGCUGGAUGAAAGAAGCCACGGAGUGUGAGGUGCUGGCAGGGAUGGGGAUCCGUUGCAGGGUGGAUGGGCAGGUGGUUCUGGUGGGCAGCCGGCACCUGAUGGAACACCUGGGCGUUCAGGUGCCUGCUCAGGUGGAUCUUCUGUUGCAGGCUCAGGAGGAGGAGGCGCGGACAGGUGUCAUCGUGGCAUUGGGCGGCAGGCAGGGGGGGAGUGGGGAGGAGGGGAGUGCGAGGGAGGGGAGAGUGAGGGUUGUGGGGAGUGUGGUGAUCAGUGACCCGGUGCGGAGGGAGGCAGCAGUGGUGGUGGAGGGGUUGAGGCGCAUGGGCGUGCGCACAGUGAUGAUGACAGGGGAUAACCGCCGCACUGCCCAUGCCGUGGCGAGACAGACAGUGGUGGCGAUGGUGGGGGACGGGAUCAACGAUGCGCCCGCUCUGGCUGCAGCAGACGUGGGUAUUGCCAUUGGUGCCGGCACGGACGUCGCAAUUGAGGCAGCAGAUUUUGUCCUCAUGCGGUCGAAUCUGGAAGAUGUGAUUACCGCGCUGGAUCUCGCGAGGAAGACUUUUUCGAGGAUCAGGUGGAAUUAUGUUUUCGCAAUGGGGUAUAAUAUCUUGCUGAUUCCAUUGGCGGCCGGAGUGCUGUAUCCGGUGUUCAUGGUGCGGCUGCCGCCCUGGCUGGCCGGCGCAAUGAUGGCGCUUUCGUCUGUUAGCGUGCCUCAUUCCCACCAGUCCCCCCUCCCCCCCUCUCCUUCCCCCAGCCAGUGCGGCCUGUGUGACACAUACUACAUCGCGCAUGUGAAGGACGCAUGUGCCUUUCUCGGGGAUGGCAUGGGCCGGAUCGAGCCCGUGGAAGAGCGCGUGCACGGGCGGGGCAGGAGGGAGGGCGAUGAGGACGAGUUCCACUUCGGGGUGCAUCAGGAGAUGCUCUAUGCUCGCCGCACGCCCCCCCUGCCAGGAGCGCAGUGGACGGGCGUGGUGACAGCCAUAGCGGUGGAGAUGCUGAGAAGCGGCAAGGUGGAUGCGGUGAUAUGCGUGCAGAGUGAUCCGUCUGACCGCUUUGCACCGCGCCCCGUGCUGGCGAGGACAGAGGAGGAGGUGAUGGCAGCCAGAGGCGUCAAGCCCACGCUCUCGCCCAACCUCAACACCCUCGCUCUUGUGGAGGCAGCAGGGGUGAAACGGUUGCUCUUCUGUGGUGUGGGCUGUCAGGUGCAAGCGCUGAGGGCAGUGGAGCAGCAUUUAGGAUUGGAAAAGCUUUACGUUCUCGGCACCAACUGUGUGGACAACGGUCCGCGCAAGGGCCUGGAGAAGUUCCUGCAGGCGGCAAGUGACGACCCUGGGACAGUGCUGCACUACGAGUUCAUGCAGGACUAUAAGGUGCACAUAAAGCAUCUGGACGGCCGGAUGGAGGAGGUGCCCUACUUCUGCCUGCCAGCAUCGGACCUUAAAGAUGUCAUUGCCCCUUCCUGCUAUAGUUGCUUUGACUAUACCAAUGGCCUCGCUGACAUAGUGGUGGGGUACAUGGGAGUGCCCAAGCAGCAAGGCGUUGCCAUGACGGACCAUCUGCAGUACAUCACAGUCAGGAAUGAGAGGGGGGGGGAGAUGCUGGACCUCAUUCGCCCACAGCUGCAAGUCACGCCAACUGUCUCCUCGGGAGAUCGCCGCCCGUUUGUGAUGGAGACGGUGAAAGCAGACGACAAGGCGACUGUGGGCACAGAAAGGAUAAAUCCUGCUCCCAGACUCGUCGGCCACAUCAUUGCCUUCCUGCUUGGCCUGGUGGGCCCCAAGGGCCUGGAGUUUGCACGCUACUCACUCGACUACCACACCAUUCGCAACUAUUUGCACGUGCACCGCGUAUGGGGGAAGGAAAGGGCGGAGCAACACAUCCCCAAGUACGCUAAAGAGGUGGUCGCACGGUAUAAUAAGGAUGGAGCUAUUGAUAAGCUGUUCUCGCGAUCCGCCAAGCGCACCACGACCGUCCGAUCUGCACUCGCGCAAGAGUUCACGGCCCUCGAUCGUGUCGACAUUCUUUCUGAAGCACUUCCUUUUAUCCAACGGUUCCAACGCAAGACCGUCGUCGUGAAGUACGGCGGCGCGGCGAUGAAGGACCCGACGCUUAAAGAGGGUGUGAUUAAAGACCUCGUGCUUCUAUCCUGCGUCGGCUUGCGCCCCGUGCUGGUUCACGGAGGGGGACCGGAGAUUAACACGUGGCUGACGCGGAUAGGCAUUGAGCCGAAUUUCAAAAACGGUCUGCGUGUGACUGACGGGCCUACGAUGGAAGUGGUGGAAAUGGUGCUUGUAGGGAAGGUGAAUAAGUCGCUUGUGUCGCUUAUCAAUCGCGCCGGUGGCACUGCUGUGGGAAUGUGCGGGAAGGACGGUCGCAUGAUCACCGCGCGACAGGCUAGCGAAGAUCUGGGAUUCGUUGGCGACAUCUCGAAUGUGGAUACCACUGUCGUAAAAGGGCUGGUUCGCGACGGGAUCAUCCCCGUUAUUGCAACGGUGGCGGCGGAUUCGGAGGGGCAGGCGUAUAACGUGAACGCGGACACGGCGGCAGGGGAGAUUGCGGCGUCGCUCGGAGCGGAGAAGCUUAUUCUGAUGACGGACGUGCCGGGGGUGAUGAUUGACCCGAAGGAGUCUGACAGCCUCGUGAAGGAGGUGGAUAUCAAGGGCAUUCGCAAGCUGAUAGCAGAUGAAAUUGUGAAGGGAGGCAUGAUUCCCAAGGUGGAGUGCUGCAUCCGAUCUCUCGCCCAGGGCGUGCAUUCCACUGCCAUUAUUGACGGCCGCAAGCCACACUCGCUGCUGCUCGAGGUGCUUACGGAUGAGGGUGCUGGCACCAUGAUCACUGGGUGA